AAGAUCGUUCAAAUUGAAAUUUUACGCAAAUUUCCAAGAGCUCUAUAUGCAUUUUGUCUACUACAAUAAAUUGUUUCUAAUUCACUUCAGUAUAUAAUUAACUUCGAUAUAUAAAACAACUAUAAUCAGUACACCCGCUUCAAUGACGAAGUUCAUCAAAGUGUUGUUUUCAAUCAGCUGUAUGUUGGCAUUAGUCAAAACCAUGAACGAUAUGGGAUCACUGAGUUUUAAAUGCAUCUUUGAUCCAGCUAAAACUAUUACCAAAAUAGUACCGGGAAUUCUUAUCAUACAACAUGCAUAUGAAUAUGACAAUAAGUAUGCAACAAAUCUACAAGCAGUUGACUGUUUUAUAAAUGUGGCGAGUAGUACAAUUAUUAAUAAGAAAGUUGAAGAAAUUACACAAGAAUUUGAAACGCGUGAUUUGAAGAUCGCCGAAGAGCCACUAAACGAUAUGGAGUAUAAUGAAGAUGUCGAAAAGCGGGAAGCAAAUGAAGUAGACAACACAGUCGAUGGAAAAGGUUUACAAAAACGAAAACUAAAGCGCGUUAUAAAUACAAAAGAUGGCGCUGCGAUGGAAAUCUAUUAUAGAUCUAUAGCUGAAGAUAAACAAUUUAAACAGCGACAUUUUACAAAAGUAACGAAAAUUAUUAGUUCUAAAAAAGCAACGCAAAUAAUAGUUAAUGCGAGAAAAACACACGAAAAUAAUACGUUAAAAGGCAUACUGAGUUUGCGAAAACGCACGGCAUUUCACAGAUCUAUUAACGAAGAUAAGUUAUUUAAAACAAAAAACUUUACAAAAAUAACGAAACGGCUGAAAUCAAGAUUCAUUGAAGAAAAUAUUACCUUGGCUCAAAUCUCGAAGCACAAAUUUGAAGGUGUAGUUGAAGCAUUCUGCGAUAGUAAGAGUGUUGACUGUGACAGCGAAAAGUGUUAUAAAAAAGCUCCAAUUGAAACUGUUUAUAAAAAGUCGAGCAAGGAAGUCUUCGAAGAACAUGAUGCCAGCAACAAUGUCAUUUCAACUAUAGCUACAAUUGAAUCCGAUUAUAAAAAGCCGAGUAAGGAACUAUUCGAAGAGAACAAGCCCAAUAAAAUUAGGGACUCCAUAGAAAAUAAUAAUAUAUUGGACCCAAGUAGUAGUGAGUUGAGUGCUAAAGAAAUUCUCGAUGAGAAACCGAAAAAUUUGUUAUUUGAUAAAAUUAAUCCCGAUGCUUUGAUGGAAAAUAUUUUAUUUCAUCCAAGAGUUAUUUAUGCUUGAUAUUUUAUAAUAAUUAUGGAAAUAAAAAUAUAAAAGAAAUCUUCACAAAUUUACUUUAAUGUAAGAGUAAUGGAAAAUUUGAAGUAAUUAUUGCUUUAAAAUGAUUCUUUCAACAGAACGGCUGAUUUUAUUAUUUCAUUCCUUUCGAAUGGUUAAAAGUUUUGAAAUUUUUCUUAGAGACAUCUUAAGAAAGUAUAGUUUUUGUACUUAUUUUCUGCUCCUGCUUUAUACAAAUUCAUAUUGGACCAAAUUAUUUAAAUUAAACUCUAAAAUAAUUAAUUAAAAUAUACGUAUUUAAGAGAAAUUACAGCUCAGACCGUGGCUACCACAGGUGGACACAGCAGUUACUGGUUUUAAUCUACAUAUUAGCAGCAAACCCUUUAUAAACCGCUGCAAUAAAGAGCGGAAAUCUUAGUUUAUUAAAUAAACUUUAAUCCACUGUAAUCAAUUAAUAUAAGAAUGUGUUCUAUGGUUUAUUAUAAUAGAUAAAAUGAUAUUAAUAAACUAAAAAGUAGCACUUACUUAUAAUAUUUCCAAAUGAAAUUACGUUUUAUGGGCUUUCAGAAGUAUUUAUGCAAAUAUGUCUUUCACAAAAUAGCACUAACACCAAUACAAAAAUGUUUCUAUGUUCUGUGACAAAUAUAUGAAACCUUCGGCAAAUAACUCUACAAUUGUUUCAUAUUUAUAACACAUUAAAUGUUAAAAUAUCUUAUCACACGCAUAAUAAUUAGUUCACUGAACUGAUUUAAAUUUGUAUUACUUAUUUUACAUUGUUAAUAUUUGCACAAUUAAUAAAUAAAAUCUUCACUCGCGAUUUUACGCAGCGAACAAAACUGAAAAGACCGCAAAAACUAAUUGUCAAAGAAGAAAGGAUAAGGAAAUGCAAAGAAUGCGCUGAAACACAUCCGGGAAAGCUUAAGCUCACAGAACAAAGCAGCCAUCAGUAAUCAUAAUAUCGAUAUUAAAAGGAAAUAAAUUAGUUUUCUAGGACAGAAUUUACUAUGAAACUUUGUACAUAAAAUGUAUAUUCAUUUAAAAUAGUAAAAAUAUAUUAAUAAUAUAAAAUAAAAAUAAAUGAUACUAAUAUUUUUACAUUUUAAGCAACUAUUGAUAAUUCUCGCCACCAAUAAACUAACUAACCUCUCUGUUUUUGUGCGCACAUAGUGUGCUUAUCGAUAAACAACAGCUGACAGCUGUGCAUAAACAUUUCAUUCGCCACAGCAAGCGCCUUUGCGCCACCCUUCAUACUUCAUACAGCUUUUUACGUCCAAAACCAACAGCUGGCGUUUUGUUUAAACUUUAGCAUAUACAUAUAUAAAUUGUUUACAAUUUACAAAGUGUACGCAUAGAUAACAUAAAUGUGUAAUCAAUAUAAAGAGCUGCAAAGUUACACCCGAAGUCAACUCACCGGCAUAAGCACAGUCGCUCAACGGAACUCGUGAAGAGCACUAGCUUAGCUAGCCAGAUAAAAGAUUGGUGGAAAACACUCUAUUACAAAUUGUGCUAACAAGUUUGCUGUAUGUGUAGGCGCUAACGCAUAAGUGCACGACCAACUCCGGCAAAGUGUUGUUUAUGGAAUUUUCCACGCAAACAUAAAUGAUCACACAUUGCGUGCAUGCAAACGGCUUGUGUGUAUAUUUACUGUAACUACAACUCUUGGCCAACAUUUGUUCAUUCAUAGCGCAACA